AUGUAUAAUCCAGAUGCAUUAGAUAAGUCAGCUGUGAUUUUCGACGUUGGAACAGGUCUGUGCAAAGCAGGCCUCUCCGGAGACAUUAUACCUCGCUCUGUCAUCGGUACUGUUGUGGGCCACCCUAGAUUCAGCAUAAUUUCAUUAAGUCCCGGUCAGAAGCCUUACUUUGUGGGAGAAGAAGCCCAAUGCAGGUAUGAUAGCAUACGUUUACAUUAUCCUAUUGAACGUGGGGUGGUAAAGAGAUGGGAUGACAUCGAAAGACUCUGGUACCAUCUGUACGAUACAGAGCUUGUUGUCAGACCCAGCCAACAGCCCCUGCUGAUGACUGAACCAUCCUUGAACCCAAAGGACAAUCGAGAAAAGACUGCGGAAAUCAUGUUUGAAAAGUUUGCUGUUCCCGCUUUUUACUUGUUCAACAACUCAGUGGGAUCACUUUAUGCCUCUGGUUACACCACCGGCUUGGUGUUGGACAGUGGGGAUGGGAUGACUUCAACUGUCCCCAUCUAUGAGGGUUAUUCCCUACCCCAUGCAGUUACCAGGCUCAACCUGGCAGGGAGAGACAUCUCCGAGCAUCUUUUUCAGGUCCUUCUGGGUAAAGGCUAUUCUUACCCAAGUUUAUUCAGCAAACUUGUGAUUGAUGACAUGAAAGAGAAACUAUGCUUUGUUAACUUGGAGCCUGAUAAGUGUUCCUGGAAGAAAACAAAGGGGGCCCUAAAGGAAUAUACCCUGCCAGACGGCAAUGUUGUCCAUAUUGGUAAUGAUAUCUGUCAGGUGCCUGAAGUACUUUUUGAACCUGAUCAACUGGGUAUCCAUGACCCUGGACUCUCCCAAAUGGUCUGCAACAGCAUCAAAAAGUGUGAUACGGACAUUCAAGCGAACCUUUUUGCCGAGAUUGUGAUGGCUGGAGGUAAUACUCUGUUCCCUGGAGUGGAUGAAAGACUCAUGAAGGAACUAGUAUCCCUGGCUUCCCUAGAAACAACUAUCAAGAUAACAGCAUCUCGAGAGAGAUGUUUCUCUUCAUGGAUUGGUACAUCCAUCAUAACAUGUAUGAGCACGUUCAAGACAAUGUGGGUCACGGCUCCAGAUUACAACGAAUUUGGGACAUCCGUUGUUCAGAGAAAAUGCUUUUGA